AUGGAAGGACGUUCCAUUGAAAUUAUGCCUGAUUUUAGUUUUUCUUCUUUAUUUUAUGGUGGGGAUACUCAAAAUCAGUUCUUAAGAGCUCCUGCUGGUCAGGAUAAUGACAAAUAUGCUGACAAAGAUGGAUAUAUGGACUGUACCUCCAGUUAUUUCAACGCUGUUCAUACUUUAAAAGAAGAGGAACUUGUUUAUCAUCCUAGUUUUACCUUACUGGAUUCUAUCAGUGCAUUCGAGAUCAUGGAUCCGAAAAUGGAUAGUGGAAUCGAUUACUCUGAAAAGAAUGUUGAUGUCGCUAAAGCUCUUAAUCCUGUUGAAACUCUUGUAAUAAUGGACGGUAUCUUUACAGCUGAAAGUGAUUGGCAUUAUGGUAUUCCAAUGUCAGAAAGUAUACUCUGCAGUAAGCAUGUUUUUGAUAUCUGCAAAACUCCCACCUCCAGAGUUAAGGAUAUGGGAUUUUCCAGAAAAAAGUUAGAUACAUUAACAGAUCUAGUCCUCUUUCCAUACGUCCUGGGGGUUAUUAAAAGUUGUGAUUAUGUGCGAAGAGAAUUUUUGACUGGUAAUAUGUAUGACGAGGAAGAUAUGAGCUCCUUUUCCUAUCAACUAUCCCUUCUAGAAACUUAUCCUGUCGAAAAAAUUUAUGACCUUUUGUCUGAAGGGAUUCAGUAUCUCGAUAGCGAAAUCAGGAAGGACUCUAGUACUCGUGACUUAUUCAUGAAUAUUCGGACGCGACUUCAACUGCGCGUUUCGAUUUUACACGUCUAUGAAAGAAAUUCUAUAAAAGAUAUUUAUGAAAAUUUAGAAAAUAUAAGUCACUAUGUUCCCGAAUCACUGAAUGAGUCACAACUGGUUGCGGAGACUGUUCGGGAAAAUACUAUGAAGCAAUUCUGGGAUAGUCGAAUACAAGCACAGCUUAUUGUCACUGCUCCUCCUCGUCAUGUUCCUUCUUGUAAUGUAAUGGAUGCAUACAAACGAUUACAGUACUUUGCUAAUGACAUGAAAAUUACUCUACGAACUCAGUCGCCAACCUCCCCAAUUUCUAUCUUGUCAUUUUGCAUCGAUACUACACAUUCAAAUAGAGUGUCUGAACCAUAUGUCCGUUCAUCAUUGCAAACAUUUCUUUUGGCUAGUGGUAGCGUCUGUAUGAUUUACAACCCUAUAACUUUCUUUUUGUCUUGCGUCCAUCAAUUUUCUUGCCUUCCCUCUUCAUUUUAUGACCCUGAAUCCAUGUGCCUAGUGUCCGGACAUUUAAAUAUAGAAAUUCAGUCCGAGCUUGAGAGCUUUGUGAGUCAUUUUGCUGGCUUUCUAUUAGAUCUUUUGAGGAUUACCACACAUAACCCAUGCCGAUUUCGCCGAAAUUUAAUCAACUUACUUCCCGACUGCGUAAUAGGCCACUUACAAGCAAACAGUAUAGACGGAAAGUUAGGUGCACUCGCUUCGCUGGACGAAGCCAUGAUCGGUAAAUUCUCUGAUUUUGCUCUUCACCUAAAAUUCGUUAUUGUGGAGUUAAUCCUCACCACCUCUUUUGAGCAAGACCUUCAUAAACCUCAUGAAUGGCCGUAUUUAUUUUCUUACUUAAAUUCGGUUUUUGAAAUGCACUUACAACAUCUUCAACAAGUUAUAAGCCGAGCAAAGCCUGGCGAAUUCAAUUACAAUUAUAUAAGCUACUUGAUAGAUGAACUGGAAGCAAAAAAGAGCGUUUAUUUUGGAUAUUUUUUUUUAUCAUUGACGUUAUUGAAAUAUGGAAUUUUCUCCUGUCCGUCAUUCUUUAAGGAAGAGAAAGUAAUCUUAUCCCACUUCAAAGCUCACUACAAUCCGUUUGCAAACCUAAGCGAAAUGAAAUUGAUAUCCUUGUCUCGAUUGCAUAUAAAUAUUGAAUACCAUCAGUCUUUACCAAAAGAAAGACUUUUGGAAGGAACAUUACAAUCUUUUGAAGAAUCGAAGAAAUCCUUAUUAAAGGUACUGAAAUUACCGAUGGAGAGUUGUCAACAUGAUUUAUCCUAUGAUUUACAAACAAACUAUCUAAAAGGUUUAAUGUGUUGCUGUAUAGCAAAUAUCGCUACGCUGCAAGAUCUUCAUCAAAAUUCGCAAAAGAAAGCUAAAAUUGUUAACACUUAUGGUAAAACUCUGCCAAACUUAGUUAUGCAUUAG